UUUUUCGAGACAGGGUUUCUCUGUGUAGCUUUGCGCCUUCCCUGGAACUCACUUGGUAGCCCAGGCUGGCCUCGAACUCACAAAGAUCCGCCUGGCUCUGCCUCCCGAGUGCUGGGAUUAAAGGCGUGCGCCACCACCGCCCGGCUGAAAUUUUAAAAAAAUAAAAAAGGAAAGGAAUCCUUAGAGCUGCAGAAAGCAUCUUGAAAGCCAGAGGCAGCCUGGGAUAUUGGAAGGGGCCUCAUAGAGGGAUAUAUAGGGGCAGCUCUCCUGCAUGCCCUUUCCAUCCCCUCCCCCUCUGGAUUUUUCCAGUUCCUAGAGCCUCAUUGACAUGUAAACGAGGUACCCCUAUAAAGGCAAUGCAGCCUACUGUCUGUGCAGACAUCACAAAAUGGGCACUGAGCCCACAUCCAGGGGCAGCCCCAGUGGUCCAGCCAGCCGCUUCCGAAAGGUUUGGGGUCCUGAAGGGUAUGGGAUGAGAACUCCUGGGGUGGGAACCCCUGGGCUGGAGGGAGUGGAGGCCUGGAAAGCUGGGGCCUUCCUCUAAAAACUACUGGCUGGCCUGCAGAUCUCCAAGCCUCUGAUGGAGAAGAAGCGCCGGGCACGCAUCAACAUGUCCCUGGAGCAGCUCAAGUCUCUUCUGGAGAGACACUACUCGCAUCAGGUAAGACAGGAGAGGAGGGGAGCCAGAGGUCCAGCCCUUCCCCAGUCUGCCUGUUAAAAGUGUCUUACUACGGCUCGGCAGAUACGGAAACGGAAGUUGGAAAAGGCUGACAUCCUGGAGCUGAGUGUCAAGUACAUGAAAAGCCUUCAGAAUUCAUUGCAAGGUAUGAAGUAAGGACUUGAAGAGCUGCAAUGCAAUACUGGGAGGGAUGUGUGGGAGCUAGCCAUGGGGUCUUGGGGUAGGCACCUGGGAAGCUGAGGCAGGAGGAUGGAGAGUUGGAGAGUAGUCUGAGCUACUGAGUAGAGAGGAAAGCUGAAGUGAACCGCGAGGUGAGAAGGGUCCAUCACCUAGCUGGGGUGGAUGUGGGGAAGAGCAGCUAAGGCCUGUCUGGACUGGCUGUGGCGUUGCAGCCUUAGUGUGAGCAUAGGUCUGCCCCACCCGGGAGUCUUCUCCCUAGUCCUUAUGCUUCUCCCCUCCCUUUAUCCUCCACGUCUCUUCUCUUCUAUCCCCUCCUCUCCUCCCUUCCCUUCUCCAGGACUCUGGCCAGUACCCAGUGGGGUCGACUACCCGUCUGGCUUCCAGGGCUGCUUGCCCGGCGUGAGCCAGCGGCUUCGGCGCGGAGAGGAUGGCAGCGGCCUGCGCUGCCCCCUGGUGCUGGAGCGCAGGGCCGGCAGCACCACGGACAGCGCCAGCCCGCAGGCGGUCUCUGUUCUCAGCCCCUGCCUCCCGGCCAACUGGGCCCCUGCUUCCGCUGCAGGUGGCUCCCAGUCCCCGCUGUCCCCGCUCCCUCUCCCUAGAGGACUCCCUGAGUCCUCCACCGGCGUUCCAGCACCACAACCAGUGUCGAACUGCCAGACCGAGAGCCCGAGACCCGGGCUUGGGGUGUGGCGGCCCUGGUGAGGCCUAGGCAAGGAUUCAGACUCAAGACACCUUCCCCCCAACCCCCCGCCCCAUCACCCGCCGUCUAGUCUGGGGACACAGAAACUAUU